AUGACGGGUUCGGAUAGAAUAACAACACUCGUUCGUUGGGAUGAAUUACAUUCUGGAGUCAGCAGUGAAUUCCUGAGAGUGAGAGUCUCGAUACCAAUUCAAAAACCACUAAGAAGAAUAGUUAAGAUGCAGAGCAAGGAGGGCCCUAUCUCAUACAAGGUCGGCUAUGAAAGACUUCCCAUCUAUUGCUUCAAGUGUGGCACUCUUGGCCAUCUUAAGAGAUCCUGCCCCUUAGGCCAGAACAGUGAGACUGAUGAUAAUGAUCCUUAUGGAUCUUGGUUGAGAGCUGACUCACCCCUUAAAAAGCUUUCCAUUAAGGAAAAGGAGAAAUCACAACAGCUGUCAAAGCUUUGGGAAGAAGUUCAGUCUGAAAGAAUCUCGAAACAAAAGAAGGAUGAAGAGCCUAAAAAUUCGGUAGAGCAAGCUGAAGAGCUUUCUGAGAGCCUGCUGUUUAUUAAAGUAAAUGAUCCUGUUCAAGCAAUUGUGAAUGUUUCUGGUGAAAAAGAGAAGGAACCUAAGACUGAUGGGGUACAAGUUCAAGCUCCCAAGGAAGAUCAACACAGAGUUUUGACAAAGCCAACAGAUAAUCCUAAGGAGACUGGAAAAGGAGGUCAUGACAAUCAAGUCGAAACUCUUGCAAUUGAAUAUAGAAACCCAGCUAAGAAUGAAAAGAAAUGGCACAGAUUGGAAAGGAAGAACCUUGAGAAUCAACCAAAGGAGCAAACAAAAUUGGAAAUAGGCAAACGUGGAACUCCUGAGGAUAUGGAUAUUGAUGAGAACCCUGUGAGUGAUAAACGACCUAGAGACUACCUUUACUCUAAUGUGGAUGGCGAAGAGGCGGUCCUUGCCAAGGAGCAAGGCCGCCGAGCCCAAUGA